GGAUUCCUGACAGAUGCCUGGACAUGCAGAUACCUUGCCGGAUAACGGGGACCCCUUCUUCUUCUUGCAUAGCUUCUAGUAAUUGGGGGGCCCUUCUGUGUAUAGGAUUUGCCCUGGAGAAGGGGGUGAUCUCGUCUUCUGCCUAGGUGUUCAAGGAAAACGGGGGUGCUCUGUUUCUUCCUCCUUCCUCAUCCCCCCCCAACCUUGGGGGUCCUCUCAUCUACACACCUCUUCUCAAAAGAGGGGUUCUGUUCUGUAGCUUCUGCUUCCAGACUUGGGGCUGUCUCUCCCCAUACUUUGGAGGGUCUGUCUUCCAGAAAGAAGGGGUGCUCUCCUGUAGCCUUUGCCACCAGUGAAGGGGUGCUCUUGUCUCCCCGCAGGUUGAUGAAGAGGGGUACACCUGUCCCCCACAGCUUCCAGUCAGCAUGCUGCGCUACCUCCUAAAGACCCUUCUGCAGAUGAACCUUUUUGCAGAUUCUAUUCCUGGAGAGAAUUCCAACGCCACAGACUUAUUCUACCAGUUUAACUCCUCGUUCUCCAGCUUCAACGGCAGCUUAUUCGAUUUCAGCAACCUGACCAGCUUCAAUGGAUCCCGACCUCGCCUGGAAGAUUUCCCCCCGCGGAUCGUCGAACACCCGUCCGAUCACAUCGUCUCCAAGGGGGAACCUGCCACGCUGAACUGUAAGGCAGAGGGUCGCCCCACCCCCAUCGUUGAGUGGUACAAAGAUGGAGAGCGGGUGGAGACUGACAAGGACGACCCCCGCUCACACCGCAUGCUGCUGCCCAGCGGUUCCCUCUUCUUCCUCCGUAUUGUGCACGGACGACGAAGCAAACCCGACGAAGGGAUUUAUAUCUGCGUGGCCCGAAACUACCUGGGGGAAUCGGUCAGCCGGAACGCAUCUCUGGAAGUCGCACUUUUGAGAGAUGAUUUUCGUCAGGCUCCUAGUGAUGUGGUGGUAGCAGCCGGAGAGCCAGCGGUAAUGGAGUGCAUUCCACCCAGGGGCCACCCUGAACCCACAAUAUCCUGGAAAAAAGAAAAUGUCCGCAUCAGUGAUAAGGACGAGCGCAUCACGAUCCGCGGAGGAAAGCUGAUGAUUUCCAAUACCAGGAAGACAGAUGCCGGGAUGUACGUCUGUGUGGCGACCAAUAUGGUGGGAGAGCGAGACAGUGAGCCGGCACAGCUGGUGGUGUUUGAGCGUCCCACAUUUGUCAGAAGACCCAUAAACCAGGUAGUCUUAGCAGACGACAUUGUGGACUUUCACUGUGAGGUCCAAGGAGACCCGGUGCCCACCGCCCGCUGGAGGAAAGAAGAAGGAGAACUGCCCCGGGGAAGGUAUGAGAUUCGCAGUGACAACACCCUGCGGGUCUCGCGCGUGACAGCGGAGGAUGAAGGAACGUAUACCUGUAUUACAGAGAACAGUGUUGGCAAAUCUGAGGCUUCCGGGUCACUGGGGGUUCACGUCCCACCCCAGCUGGUGACCCGACCUCGAGACCAGAUUGUAGUCCAGGGGCGCACAGUGACCUUCCAGUGCGAGACCAAGGGGAACCCACCACCAGCUGUGUUCUGGCAGAAGGAGGGUAGUCAGAUACUGCUGUUCCCCAGCCAGCCCCCGCAGACAGUGGGCCGUUUCUCUGUAUCUCCCAGCGGGGAACUGACUAUAAUCGAUGUGCAGACGGGAGACUCUGGCUACUACAUGUGCCAGGCGAUUAGCGUUGCCGGAAGCAUCUUGGCGAAAGCUCUCCUGGAAGUGGAAGAUGCAACGUCGGAUCGAGUUCCACCGAUUAUCCGCAGGGGACCCUCCAAUCAAACGCUGGCCGCCGACUCGGUGGUACAAAUGCAAUGCCAUGUGUCUGGGAACCCGCUGCCGAGCACACAUUGGUUGAAAGACGGGCAGAGGGUUGGGGGCAGUGACCCUAGGAUCAACGUACUGGACAACGGAACUCUACAAAUCACCCACCUACAGGUGGCAGAUUCCGGAGUCUAUGCCUGUGUUGCCACAAGUUCUACCGGAGAAACAACCUGGAGUGGCUACCUAGCGGUACAAGAAAAGGGUUCUCUGAUAAACGUGCAGCCCUCCGAGCCCAGCCUGGUCCCCGGCUCCCCUUCCAAACCGCUGGUCACCGAUGUCACCAAGAACAGCGUCACCCUGACGUGGCAGCCCAACCCGCAGACUGGGAGCACACCCGUUUUAUCGUACAUCAUUGAGGCGUUCAGCCAAUCCGCUGGGAGCACCUGGCAGACCGUGGCCGACGAGGUGAAGAUUGAGAAACACACCGUGAUUGGUCUGAACCCGAACACCAUUUAUCUCUUCAUCAUCCGCGCUGUGAACUCUUACGGCCUCAGUGACCCCAGCGCCAUAUCAGAGCCCGUGCGCACUCAGGAUGUCAGUCCCACGCGACAAGGCGUGGAUCACCGACAAGUGCAGCGCGAACUCGGAGAGGUCGUAGUUCAACUCCAGAAGCCGAUGAUCCUCACCUCCUCCACCGUACAGGUCACGUGGACAGUGGAUCGCCAAGCUCAGUUUAUACAGGGGUACCGGAUCAUGUAUCGCCCCAAAUCCAGCAUUUGGGUGGUGCAGGACGUCAAGUCCCCCUCGGAACGCAGCACCAUCCUGGUAGACCUGAAGAGAGGCAGAGAGUAUGAAAUAAAGAUUCGCCCGUAUUUUGACGAGUUCCAGGGAAUGGACAGCGACGUCCUGCUGGUCCGCACGCCGGAAGAAGUUCCCAGCGCAGCGCCGCAAUCAGUCGCCGUGGUCACGGUGGGAACGAGCAACAGCACCAAUAUCAGCAUCACGUGGGAGCCGCCGCCCGUCGAGCACCAGAACGGGAUUAUCCAGGACUAUCGGAUUUGGUGCCUGGGAAAUGAAUCCCGCUACCACAUAAACCGGACAGUGGACGGAGCACUGCACAGCACCGUCAUACGGGGCCUCGUUCCCGGGAUUCUUUACCGCGUUGAAGUUGCUGCAGCAACAAGUGCUGGAUUCGGAGUGAAGAGCCAGCCAAUCACCAUCCAGAUCAAAGCGUCUUCCGAUCACGUUCCGGUUACCAGCGCUGAUAACGUCAGUCUGACGGAGCAGAUCACGGACGUGGUGAAGCAGCCGGCGUUCAUUGCAGGCAUCGGUGGGGCGUGCUGGGUGAUCCUUAUGUGCUUCAGUGUCUGGAUAUACUGCCGCAGGAAGAAGAGGAAAGAGCUGAGCCACUAUACAGCCUCCUUCGCCUACACCCCGGCAGUGUCUUUCCCACAUACAGAUGGGUCCAGUCACAUAGCUACCAGACCGGGAUUGCUGGCCACUAGCGCAUCCAACUACCCCUGGCUGGCGGACUCCUGGCCGGCAAGCAACCUCCUGAGAAACGGCAAACCAAAAGAGGCCGCCGUCACCUGCUGUCCCGCAAAUCACAACCCGGCGGAGAGAUACUAUAACGAUGCUGGGAUAUCAAACUACAUUGCUCAGACGGAGAAAUUUGGGACGGGUGUCUCGGACGGUCCCAUCUACAGCACCAUCGAUCCCACCAGUGAUGACAUGAGGACCUUUAAUGGUGCUUUUCCCCAACACACUACUCCUUAUGCCACCACCCCUGUUGUACCAUAUGGAGGACAGAACCUGCGCUCCCCAGAAUCGGAGGAAAACUCAUGGAACGCCCAGCCUGGAACGUCUGGAAUCCUGUACGCCCAGCCCGAGCGCAACAAAGCAGAAAACGUUCCCAAGGCUGGAAAACAGAAAUCUAUGGGAAAACCAGUUAAAACCCCUUCUCUGAACUGGACAGAAAUCCUGCCACCGCCGCCGCCUGCCAACGAGCUGAACCAGUUCCAGGACGAGGACUCUGAUAUGGAAAUGAACUCCGACACGGAGGAAUGGUGCCCCCCAUUGCCGGAACGGACCUACUUGAUGGAGAAUAUUCCAGAAGAUUGCCCUCCUCCUCCUCCUCGUGGGGAGGCUUCAUCUCCAGCUCAGUCCUAUGGGCAGCAGUCCACGGCCACCCUAACCCCGUCUCCCCGGGAGGAGAUGCACGACUCAGGAGAGAUCCCCAGGCUACAACAGUUUGAGCUUCCCCCUCAUCCGCGGAGGUUGCCAGCUGGAUCCGUCCCCAUCCCCAGAGCCCCCAGCCCCCCUCUGACACAGAGUAAUCCCAGUCUCCACACACUGGCAGAGGGAGGUGAUGCACCGCGCCACUGCCACAGGCGGAACCUCAGCCAGAAUCCAACGCUCAGCGCAGAGAACGUCAGUUUUCCCAGCACAGGAAAACCUCAGCCCGUCGCAGCAGACAAUCCCAGUGCUACGCCCGGACCAAAGCUGAAAGCGAAUAAGAAGUCAAAGUCUGGUCACUAUCGCAGGGAAGCAAAGCAAGGAGAUCUCCCACCACCGCCAGAGCCCCCUCCCGCCGACGAGGAGCCGAGUUCUUCCCCCCGCAUCCAGUGCUCCGCCUCAUCCCUGGAGAGAGACACAAGCGCCAUGUCCUCCGUGGAGAGAAGAGCCGCCAUGGCGAGGGGAAACACAGCGGCACACCCGCUGCAGCACAGAGACGUAGAUGAAGAAAUCAUUCCAUACAGUAAGCCCAACUUCCUGUCCAGGAGCCAGCUAUCCAGUAAUUGUUCCACAUCGGGGAGCGGCUCUUCUCGGGGGUCAGCGGGAUCCAGGGGUCACCCCUCUGGAAGGAGCAAAACCGGAGACCGGAAAGAGGAGAAGAGAUGAGGAGACCUCACUGGGAGUUGAACGCUCACAUCGCUUUCCUGCCAACACCUUGUACAAGGAAAUAUUUUGUCAAAGACACUUUAAAACUUUUCCAGUAUUUUCCAUUGUUGCUUAUUUAUGGACCUUUUUCUGGACAUUGGUUUUUCUUAUUUUCUGUGUAAAUAAUAAGCCUGUUUCUUGGGACCAGGGCUUUCUGGAAACUGGAGAAACCUACUAUAUUUAUAAAGUAAAAAAAGCAAGUUGUACAUUAAGAUUUUGCUGUUUUGAACGUGCCAAGUUUUCUAGUAAGUAUGAUAUGUUUGCACUCAUGCGUGUACAGAACGCCAUGACGGAAGAAAAAGCACAAGGCUUUGUUGCAUGCGGUUCCCUCACAGAAUAAGCCUGCGGUGUAUGUGCGCGAAAUUAGCGCCGGAGCUGUCAGGACGUUUCGGUGGCCAUAGAAGACUUCAGCCAUGACACAAGUCCUGAUUUUUUGAGAUGACAAAAGGGUGUCUCCGCCCUAAAGUACGUCCACUUUUUCAUAUUUAAAAAAGAAUAAAAACAAAAUAAAUUACCAAGACCGGAAGCACGCGAAAGGAGGAGCCUAAUGUGACGCAGUUAAGAAGAACCGUCCAAAUGAACGACAACUUCUAGCCUAUCACGAGUGACAUUGUUCCUCUGCUCAGGCAGCUUCCUGUGACUGCACUUGUGAUAGGCCCCAAAUUACAUUUUGUAUGCUACAAAUAAAGAUUUUUGCUAAACAUUCCAA